UAUUUUACUCUACAGUUACUUGCUUACUUAGUUAAAACUGAGUCGUUUAAUAACUAAUGAUUAAUUAAUGUUAUUUGGUGUUGCAUGCUUGUUUUUUUAUAUCUUGGAUCUUAUUUUAAUUAUGUAAAUUAAUGUUUGAUUAAAAUUAUUACUCGGAAUAAUACUACAGUAUAACAGUUAGGUUUAAUUCGUGUUCAGCGCUCAGCACGCACGUUUGAAGUUUGUUUUACGAGGUAUUGACCAUGGAUGAAAAUACUACUAUUUUGUUCGACAUUUUUUUUAACAGAGUGAUUAUUACUUUUAAAGAACUUUUUAAUGGCCAGUUAAAUAACACAAUGAUUGACAAAUUCAACACAAGUUGUAAGGAUGACCUAGAAUGUCAAGAUGUCGCAUUGUUUUGCAAUUUAACUAGCUCUUUAUGCCAAUGCGCCACAUUUUACUUGCGAAAUGAAAAUGCAGGAAUAUGUGAAUUUCAACAAACCAAUUUGACUAGUUGGUUAAAAACCAACGGAACAACUGAAACAUGGAAACAUAUUGUGUUGCGGACAUAGAAACCCUGAGGUUCCCGAGCUAUAAUACAAAGUAUGUAGUUAUAUUGGUAUCAUUCUAACGGGGAAACUUAUGUUAAAAAGGCUUAGAUAUGAAUUAAUAAGAGCGAAACUUAAUUAAGUGUCAUCACUUCGAUACGAAAGGCAACGUAAAACCAUCAUAUUAUAUCAUUCAAAUAUACAUUUUCAUAACAGAGAAAACUAUAAUCAUAGCACUCAGGCAUCGGCAUACAUGGUUAAUAGGGUGAUAAGAAUCUACGUCUCGGCUCUGAAAAUUUUAACUUGCAACGUGAGAAGUUUAGUUGAAGAUGUAAAGUUGGAGAAGAUUUUGAACGAAUGAGAGAAUGAAAGUCAACAUUUGUGGAUUAUGUGAUACAUAUUCAAAAGAAGCAGGUAAUUUUAUAAUAAAAAAUGGUGAACACAAAAUAAAUUACUUGAUUAACAAUGAACUAAUAAAUCGAUAUAGUGUUGUCGCAGUACAUAAAGAAACAAAGGUGUAAAUUUAAAAAUAUGUAAAUAAAAAUAUAAAGAAGUUAAUGUAGCAAUUAGAAGAAAAUAAGGAAAACCAAGGAGAAAUUCAAUGUUGAAAAAUGUCAAGAAAUUGAAAUGCUGGACAGGAUUCAUAAUAGCUUUACAAAAAAAUAAAAUAUAUUACUGGUAUUAAAAAUAAAAUAAAGUAAAUAAAGGAAAAAUAAAGCUUUAUUUAUCCUACUAGUAGGUAUGCAAAGAAAAAAUGAUAAUACUAAAUUAUUAGAUACUACAAGAAAGAUUAGAAGAUGGAUGGAAUAUAUACAAGAACUUUUUUUUAGAAUAUACCAGGACCAGUUAGUAUUUAUUAGUAUGGAUAAAAGAUUUGAUAUAAUGAAAAAAGAAGUAUCGAGUAUAUCGAAGAAUGCUAAGCCUAGGAAAGCAGCAGGCCCUGAAGAAAUCUCCUCCGAACUCUUACAAUUGUUUGACGAUGAUAUGUUAUAUGUUUUGUAGAUAUGUUACUCGUAGUUAAUUUAUUCAAUACAAUUUACGAAUCAGGAAAGAUUCUAGAAGAAUGGUUAACCUUUAUUUAUUUUAUUUUAUUUUAUUUUAUUUAUUUUAUUGUCUAAUAAAAAUAACCUCGAAGAAUAUUCAGGCUAUAACUUUAAUGAGUCAUACCUUGAAAUUAUUUUUAAAAAUUAUACGUUAAAGAAUAAGUUUUAAAUUAGAAAAUAAAAUAAGUGUGACACAAUUUGGUUUCAAACAAAGAAUAGAGACUAGAAAAGUACUUUUUGGAAUAAAUACUAUUAUGCAAAGGUGCUUAGAUGUCAACAGGAAUAUAUUUGUUUGUUUCAUAUACUUUACCAAAGCAAUAGAUAACAUAAAUAUGAUAAGCUAAUAAAGAUACAAAAGGAAAAGAAUAUUGACAGUUAUAAUAUAAGAAUAAUUUCAAAUAUUUAUUGAAAUUAAAAUGCUAAAGCUGAAGUGGACUAUUGGUAAUCAGACGAAAUAAAAAUCAAACACGGAGUCAGACAAUGUUGUAUUUUAACUCCUUUAUUAUUCAAUAUAUACAGCGAAGCAACUUUUGAAAAAGCCAUCCUCCGCGAACAUACUGACAUAAAAAAAAAAUAGGAAAUUUGUUAAAAAAUUGAGAUAUAACGGUGAUCUUUAUUCUGGUACUUACCAUAGACAAUCUCCAAAGAAACAUGGACAAUAAAUAAAUAUAAAUAUAUAAUCAGUAAAUAUAGUCUUGAGAUGAAUGGUUAAAAAAACUAAAUUCAUGAUAAUAACAAAAGACAAAACGGUCCUUCCCUAAUAUUGAAAUUAAAUUAUCUAUCAACAAUGUCAUAAUACAAAAAGUUUAUUCAUACAAGUAUCUUGGAACAUAAAUUAACAAUUAUGGGGCUAACGGAAGAGAGAUCUGAAAAAGAUAUGAAGGGAGAUAUCAAAUUGAAAUUGCGAGACCUACAUUCUUUAAACUAAGAAAUUUUUUUUUUAAACAUAGAUCUAUCAUUAGGUUUAAGAACUAGAAUGUUGAACUGCUACAUUUUUUUUUUACAUUGCUGUAUGAAAUGGAUUCUUGGACACUACAUAUUAAAAUCUAAGCAUUUGAGAUAAAUUCAUAAUUUAGAAAUUCAGAAUUCGACAAGGAAAUGUACGUGUUCUUUAUCGACUUCAAGAAGGUAUACGAUAGUAUAUAUCGCAAAAUCUUGAUAAAUAUUCUUAGAAAGUAUAACUUCCCACAAAAAUUAAUAAAGUUAAUCGAAACAUAUAUUAAGGAAAAGUUCAUUAAAAUAAGAGUAAGGAAAGCGGAAACCAACCCAAUAAUUGUGAAUUCAGGCAUAAGACAGCGGGAUUCUAUGUCACCUGUGCUCUUUAAUCUGUUAUUAGGGAAACUAAAAUCGGACCCCAGAAGGGGAUGUCACUACAAAGAUCCUCCGUGGCAUUAUUGGCUUAUGCAGACGAUUUGGUCUUCAUGGAUAAAUCACACGAUGGACUAAGAACACUAUGUGGCCGAUACGACUUGAUAUGUUUAACUCAAUAUCAAAAAAUUAUUUUAAUAUACU